AUGACUGUAGCCAAGAUGUCCGUCUACAAGAGAAUGAUGCUGGCAUGUUGUUUUGAUUGCGGCCAUUCAGAGCGUGACUGCUCUUGCAUGUCAGCCAAUGAUAGUAACACGAAGGACACCCUUCAGCAGCGUGGCUUCCCUCUCUCUCCUGUCUCUCUUAAUGAUUGCUCGACAACUUUAAGUGCCUGUAAGUUGUCAACGUGACACAGCGUGUGUUAUCCAUGUUUGUGAUGUUCACUGUAUGUAUGUUUAUGUUCAUGUGGUACAAAGUCUGACUGAGUUUUCUGUGUCAUUUAAAAGGAAUCUAUAGUUUAAAUAUGGCAGUUUUGUUAGCUUCUGCCGUGAUUGUUGAUGUUGUUGGAUAUUAGUGUUAUGAUUUUGGUUAUUGUCUUCGUCCUGCUACUAGUGAAGAUGGUAGUUGUCUUGUAGCGCAUGCUAUGUUAGUCUAGCGUGUGUUGUGCUGGUGUUUCUUCAUAGUUUGUAUUUUGGUUUUACUUUAGUGUCAGAUCAUUUACUGCUUUAUUGUUGUUGUUUUAAAAAUGGAUAAUUUAUAUGGAUUCGUUCAAGAUGGGUAUGAAAUGAUGUAUCAUUAUUUUAUUGAAUUAUGAAAUGUAUUUAGUUGGUUACAGUACAUUUCUUACAUAUGAAGAAGUUUAGUUUAUUGACUAAAUUCUAUAUUUCUGCUAAUAUUUAGAUAUUUUGGGUGGACAGUACCAAUUCUGCUUGCCUUUAUUAUUUGGACAUCGUAGAAGGGUUUCAUAAUGCUGUGGCCUAUGUGGUACAUUUACUAGUGACCUGGAUCACUCAUCACAAAGAUGCUUUAAGAGUCCGGGCUAUAAGACACACAACCCAGCUUGCCAAGUAACAAGCCCCUGCAGAUAGAGACAGACAUGGAGCCAAGGGAGCUUUGUCUCUGAUAACUCAGGCCCCUACAGACAGAGACACUGACAUGGAGCCAAGGGAGCUUUGUCUCUGAUAACUCAGGCAUUUUAUAUCUCUCUGAGGUGUCGGCGCAUGACAUCAUUACGUUGUUGUUUGUGUCGGGGGAAAAUAAGUCCUGGGAAGAACAGAAUAUGCAAUGUGUUGUUACAUGUUACUUUGAUAUAUUAAGUCAGUCCAAAUUUGUUUAAGCAAACGUCUUUUGAUCAAAGCAGAUCUGCAGCACAUUGUUACAUCUCUGGGGCUAUCCUCUCCCCUCCAGCUGCAUCAUGUCUUCCAGGGCUGAUGUGGAUGUGACCAGCUGACUAGCUGUAGUCUGGCUGCAUGGAUAAGAUAGCAGAGAAUGCUCCAGAGUUGCUGUCUACACGGUGUGCGGUACGCUGAGGGCCUUACGCGGGCUGACAUGGAAAUUAUGUUUGCAUUUCUUUUUUUUUGAGUGCUACUGGUUAUCAUGAAACUCAGGGUGACAGUUCCUACCCACUAGGCAACCCAGAGCCCCCUCUCUCCUCUCUCUCUCCCUUCCUCUCUCCCUCUCCCCAUCUCUUGCUCUCUCUCGCUCUCUCCCCAUCUCUCUCCCCCCAGAGCCCCCUCUCUCCUCCUCUCUCUCUCCUUUCCUCUCUCCCCAUCUCUCUCUCCCUCUCGCUCUCUCUCCCCAUCUCUCUCUCUCUCCUCCCCCCAGAGCCCCCUCGUUGGGGGACAGAUGCUAGUCUGUUAGUCCUGUGCCGGCCGAUCGCAUGCGACAGAUGCCAGGACCAGCAUGGUCCCUGGUUGAACAUGUCCUGUCACAGUCCUGCCUUUAGCCCAAAGCCUGACCUUUAUAUUGUACUAUACAGGGAUGGGGAUACAAUGUGUAAGGUACUUAUGAACAUGCACUUUCUCCAAAAGCUGACUCACAGAAAGUAACUUCCAUGCAUCCAGAUGUUCCCAGGCAAUCCUGUGGACUCGGAUGUCCUAUUUCUUUUUCAUGGGGAGUAGGGAAAACCUUUCCUUUGUAAAUGUAGACCAUUCUGCUAUAGGCCUCUGUCAUCGAUGUAUGCUGUACAACUACGUUGCGCUGUCUAAGUAAGAAUAAGGUUGAUCAUUUUAAGUGAACCAUUCAUAAUUUCAGCUUGCUGACGGCAUCACCGCAAGUCAUUGAAACAUCCUUCUUUUUCUUAAUACAUAUUUAUUUUUCCAUUGCUUUGUCCAUAGGGUCUUCAAGACACACCACAGUUCAGUAGUGUCUUAAAGAGAUUCAACCCAACAGCGUCUUUAUAACCAACAUUAUAACCUGUAUUAUCAUGCUAUAUCAUUUGCUCUCAUUGCAACAACCCUGUAACCUAUCAUUGUAUCUGCAUUUUUCUCAGCAAAAAAUAACUAUAACGGAUAUAUCAAAUCAAGUAAGUUUUGAUUUCAAUGUAUGUUUUUAUUUGUUACUUAACGUCAUUAACCCUCCUCCCAGUCCCCUGUCCAUUCCCUGCCUCCAUCCUUCUGACUGUGUCUACCUCAUAUUUUCCUGUUUGCUCGUCAGUAGGGUUGGGGUCAAUUCCAUUUCAAUUCAGUUAAUUAAUUCAGGAAGUAAACUUAAAUUCCAAUUCCACUUUUCCUUAAUGGUUAUUUUUCUAAUUGGAGUAAAAUUGGAAAUGGAAUUCCAGUUUACUUCCUGGGUUGACUGCAUUUGAAUAGAAUUCACCUCAACCCUGCUCUUCAGUCACUCCUGUGUUUCACUGCUCAAUCAUUUCACAUCCUGAACCACUGACGUUGAUAAAGAGAUGUCGUGUGUUAUGUCCCUCUGGACUGGGCUGUGUGUCUUUGGGAGGGAGGCUAGUGUCUGUCUGAGGUUGCCCUGUGAUAAAACAUUGCUGUACAGUAAGCCUAACAUUGUACAUGAGGCAAAUUAAGUUUGUAUAACUCUCAUGAUAACAUUUUAUUGUAUCACAUGAUUUAUUAAUUUAAAAAUAUAUAUUGGUGGAAAAUACAGACCAAUACCUGUUUUUCAGUUUUAUUCCAAUUCUAUACUAUUCCAAUACUAUAUGUUUAAUUAAGUAUUAGUUGUAAUUUGAGCAGUAGAUGGUGCUACUGCUCUAAGGUAUCUCUGGAUGUUAGAGUUAAGAUCACUGGAAUGUAGAGUAAAGCACUCUAGUUCUCAGAUAACACUUACAGUAUGUCUGGAGAAUUUCAAGAGAACCUGGAAACAAACAGCUAUCAAAACCAAUGUCUAAAAUAGCUAUUGGAUCAAUUGUUUCAAUUUGGGGGGGGGGGGGGGGGGGGGGGGGGGGGGGUUGACAAUGAAAAAACAUAAUCUUCUACAUUAUUGAGCAUUAUUUAGGAGGGGUAUAGUACAGUGAGAAAAUAUUACUAUAGGCGAUCUACAGAGUUGAGGGUCCCAGGCAAUGAUUUAUAUAUACACUAGAUGACUUAUAGGGGGUGCUGUGUUGAAGCCACCACGCCUCCAUCUUGGCAGUCCCCCAUCAUUGUAAAAAAUAUUUUGGAAGCUAUAGAAAUGCAGUUAUUAAUUACUAUAUUAAUUUUUGCCAAGUUAAUUCUAUUACAGACACCUUAAUACAUACUUUAAAUUAUAUUAUGUGAGCUAAACAUAAAAAUACAAAAUAUAAAAUACAAAAACAUUUUCCUUAAAGUAUAAUUUUUUGAGAUUACUAAUGUUACUGUCCCCACUACAACAACGCACAAUAUCCCAUAACGACAAAGCAAAAACAGGUUUUUAGAAAUGUUUGCUAAUUUAUUACAAAUUAAAAACAGAAAUACCUUACUUACAUAAGUAUUCAGAUUUUCAGAAUGCACUGUACAUCCUUGGUCCUAGAUAGCCAGCACAUCUGCCACAAUGUGUUGUCCCUGCUGUAAAGCUGUGUGGGUUUGACAUGGGACAGAUGAAUGCAGGAGGUUUGGGGCUGGGACGGUAAUGUAUUAGACAGCUGACCGAUUAAAUAAUCAUCUCUACACCCUGGCUUCACUGGCUUCUGCUCCCAGCUAGCUUUCGGCGAGGUGGAAAUAUCUUUCUUCCUCCUAAUGGUAUUGUUAGAUUUUAGUCAUAUUUACCAUUUUUGUCUAGGAAACUAGAUAAGUAAAUAAACAAGUAGAUUUUGCAGCUUUGAUUAGGGAUUAAAAUAGUUGAUAUGUUAGAUUUAUUGUGAUAAACUGCGCUUAGUUCAUCCUCAUUCAGCAUUAUGCUAUUUUUCCUUUUCAGACACUGGUUGUAAAUGUCCGUUGUCAUGCCGUUGUUCUUAUAGUACAACAAUCCAAGUAACACCUGAAAGCCCUGCUGUUGAUUAAUUAAUGUUUAUUAUGAAUAUCAAAGUAAAUGUCAUAUCUAAAAUUUCAUUUUAAGAGUCUACUGGUUAAGUGGUGUUUAAUAACAAUGAGCUCCUUAAUUAUUUAACUGUUAGUAUUCUUGUGCCAUAUCCCCUACUUAAAAUAAUAAUGAAUGACACGACUGUGAAAAGAAAUCCACUAAUAUCCGACCCAUUAUAAUGUCAUUUUAAUUCAACCCCAUAGUAACUAAUUUGAGGACAGACUACAUUUCAUAAACUACAAUUAUAAUUUUUUGCUAAUUUUCAUUAUUUUCUAUCUGGCAGUUAAAGACGACACCCUUAUCAAAAGGUCAACCUAUCAGAACAAGUCUAUUAAAUUGAACCACAACUCCACGGCCCACCAUAAAGCAGCAACAGCCCACAGUGGAGUAGUACUGCCCGGCUUUGGGUCCGGCUCUGGGUCAGUUCCUCUAGUCAACAACCGUAAAGGAAGCCUGCAGCCUUCCAGGGAGCCCUCAGUGCUGAGGCGUAGCCUCCUGGGCUCCAGAGAGCUGGUCCAGGUGGCGAUGGGACCAGGUGGACCAGGAGGACCAGGGGGGCUGGCAGCAGAGGAGGCUAGCAGGCUCCAGAGGGCACGUAGCCUGCCAGUGAAAUACAGAUACCACCCCAGUCACUCCAGUAACACCACCCUGCUCAAUAUGAGACACUGUACAUGUAAGAAGCCCUCUCGCAUAGAGCCGCAGCAUGGUGUGGCUAGCUAGGCUAACUAGGCCCCUGCUCACCACCACUAGAUGACAACAGACAGUGCAUGUGUUUGAGACUGUGGCUGGGGUAGAGUGGAGAGAUUGCAAGCCCCCCCCCCCCGUGUUGCCCUUCCGUGCGGCACGGUGUGGCUAGACUAGCUAGGCCCGGCUCAACAAUACUAGCUAGCAUCAUAACGCAUGUGUUUGUGAGUGAGGCUGUUGCUAGGCUGGAGUGGAGGGGUUGCAAGCCCCCUUUGCGUUUCGCCUCUGUGCGGCACGGUGUGGCCAGGCCCGGCUCAACAGCUAACGUCACAACGCAUGUGUUUGUGACUGAAGAUAAGGCUGCUGCACUGCUAGGGUGGAGUGGAGUGGUUGCAUGUGUAGCAUUCCUUACUGAUGACCCAGUGUGUGCAGCUGUCAGCUGGGAGCUAUUAAAUAUUGAACAAACUGACUGAGGAAGAUGUGAACAAACGACCAGCCAUCUCCAAAAGAGUGUGUACGUGUGUUUGUGUGUGUGUGUGUUUGUGUGCCUGCGUGCAUGUGUGCGUGAGCAGCAUCCCACUCCACUGAAAGCCCCUAACUUACAGUGCUUUGUCCCAGUUUCCAUUAUUCUGUCAUAGGUAGACAUGCCAGCAGCGUUGAGAUUGGGCGUGUAGCCCAUCUUCAAAGGACCAUGAUAUUUGAGAUGUUAUUAAUUUGAAUGUAGGAGUUGCAUUCUAGUCUCCUUUGUAAAGGAAGGUCAGGUUGAAACACGUGUCGUGUUGACAGUCUGAAACAUCAUUUAAAACCACUUAGCGGCUUCUCCUGGUUUUGUCUGGGUGUGUCCCAAACGGCACCCUAUUCCCUAGUGCACUACUAUGGGCCCUGGUUAAAAGUAGUGCACUAUAUAGGGAAUAGGGUGCCAUUUGGGACAAAGUCCUGGUUUUGUAUAUCUAACUCGUUAUAACUCAACAUGGCUGCCAACAUGGCUAGUCGUGUGUUAAAGAUAAGUGAAUAGAAACGCUAACAUCCAAUGAGAGGCUUUUAGUAACAGUAUUAGUUAGAAGCUGUUAACUUGCUGUUUUUCUUUAUUUUUACUCAACAGAGGAGCUGUUUUUUAUUAUUUCUUUUUUUGUGUAUAAAUGUGAUAUCAGCUAGCGUAAAUUAAUUUCUACUCAAGGGUGAAACUUGUAAUUAAUUUUUCCGCAAAGAGAAGAGCAUGGGUUGGUGCAUGUAGUUUCACGUAGUGGUAAAAAACAAUGUCCAAGGGGCAGCUGAGCGGUGGAUAAAUCAUAGUGGCACUCAGACCAACCUAAUUACACGAGCCAAGGGCAUCGCAGUCAAUGUCGUCAGGCCCCGAGACGAGAGGAAACUGAAGACCAGCCACCUCAGAUGUGUUCAGACAUUGGAACAAAGGGGCCAUAUUUACGAUGUCAUCUCCGUGAUAUUAUGCUUUAUUAUCUUAAUUAGAUGAACGUUGUGAGGGAUUUUCAUAGCCAGCAGUAGAAGCAUGUUAAGUGUUUCUAAAGUAAUGAGUAGUCGCUAAUAGGACAUGGGCAUAUUGAAUUUUAAAUAAGAUUUGCUUAUAUUGGGUUAAUGUAUGUAUCACAGUCAGUCACACACUCCUAGUGAUACUAGGGGCUCGAUUCAAUCCGUAUCGCUGAAGUUCCUUUGAAUGAAGUUGCGAUUGAAAUUUAAAGGGAAUUUCCGAUUAAGCCGACAUAUGCAGUGUUUACCGUGAAUGCAGUCUCCGCUAACGCUGGAAUAUUGCCUUUAAAUUUCUAUUACGCUACGGAUUGAAUCGAGUCCUAGCUAGCUAAUUCCAUGGGUUGAUUCCAUACUGCAUUUUUUAAUUAAAACGAUUCAGAAAUGGUUUGCUUUAGGAGGAUGAUUACAAUUUGUAUAUUUCUAAAGAACGUGAACAAGAUAUACAGUAUUAAAGUAGAAACAUAUCACAAGGAAAAGAAAAGGUAUAAUUUGUAAAUGCCCUUCUAGUGUGGGCUUGGUAUUAUGGUGAUUCUUGGACUGUAUUGUGCAAUUGUUGUCAUAGAAUAUUCUACGCACAGUAUGUAGGCUACAGUAAGAGCUGAAAUGAGCACUUAUCAAAGUUUUACAGUAAGUCAGUUUUACACUAAGUCUGUUACAGAAAUGAUAUUUUACAUGAAGUCUGCUUUACAGCAAGUCAGUGGUACAUUAAAUCAGCAGCAUGAUGGGGAUGGCUCUGCAGCAUGUUGGAUCAUUAUGUUCACACACGCUGACUAUGUGCACAUGCAUUUUGGUUGAGUUGCAUUUUGGGGAUUUUGGACUGUUUGUCAAACAUGUCAGGUUGUAGUUGCAUACCAUGUGUCCUCCCGUCCCGUCCUGUCCUUACCCCAUCUCACCCUUUCCUCACCCCUUCCUCACCCCCUAGUCUCCCGUUCCUUAUUCUAACCUCUCUCUUACCUCUCUUUGGGAUCUUCUCUGACUUUUGUACUGAUUGUGUUGUCUUGGUGUCGUUACUUACAUACAGUAAAUGUAUGACUUACUGUAAGUGUUGUCACUCAGCCAUUCCUUUGCUCCCCACACUCUUGCCUGUGCUUGCAGUCGAAGAGGAGCAGCAGUCGACACUGUCGCCUAAAAAGAAACAACGCAAUGGAAACACCAGGAACUCGCCCAACGGUUCACCCAAAAUGAUGAGGUAGGACAACCGCUUCAAGAGAGAGCACUAUCUAUCAGUAAUGUUGUUUUCUAUUUCUUUAACCUAACAACUGUGUGAUAAGUGUCUCACGGAAUGAGACAAAGAAAAAGAAGGGACAGAGAACUCUGACGCUGAAGCAUUUUUACUCUGUCAGUUCGUCAGCGGUUAAUGACACAUAGAGCCUCAAUAUUUAUUUCACGAGAGAGACAGACCGACCGACCAUGAGAAUCUGUUGGAGAAAUACUCUAGCUUUAAGGCUUCAACUGCCACCCUCCUAAUCCCAUCCACAUGUACUGGAGUCUUUAAACAGCAGUGACACUAAUGACAUCACCAACCAAUCAGAGAGGCUCCUGUGGUUCUAUCGCCCGGGGCUACUCCUCUAUUGUAGCGAUCCCUUUGAGUUCUAUUUUUGGUUCAUAAGGCCACGGGUGAUGUGCACCAUCACCAUCCAAACUGAAAAUCAAAUGCUACCUUGCUUUUAUCUUGUCCCAUGGAAUUAAAUGAGUGUUUAUUGAUUUUGACGGGUGAUAGGGACUGCUAUUCAACACGAGGCCAUUAGAGGGAAUAGAAGAGUCGUUAUCAUUAAAGGGGAAAGGUAAUAGACGAACCAGGUCAGAGGGAAGUCACACAGCAGCGUAUGGAACAACUCCAAACCUCUCUGUAUAAAACGUGAUGGAAUUCUACUGUACAUUACUAAUCUAUAUACUUGUGUAAAAGUAAGUUGAAUUGAAGGUACUUCCAAGCAAGUUAUAAUACUAUACUUUGUAGUUAACCACAAACAUUUGUUCACCUGCUUACAUGAGGAAAUCACCUUUGUGCAGAAAACUAAGGAGUGUCCCUAUUCGUCACAUAAUGUAUGCAUGUUUUCUUUGAUCUGUUUGACUGGACAUUUUUCUUAGCAGGCAUUUGAUUUGCUUUAAAGUGGUGUCAGAGCUGUACAGUACCGCUUUAGGAGGUUUCCCUGGCUCCUGGGUAGGUAGUCGAAGACCUGGGGGUCUGUAAUGUUACUCAGACUAAGGCCUUUUCAUGUUGUAGCCCUUAGCUAAACGGACGCUAACACACCAGAGUCACACCAAAGUGUGUAAUGUACAGUGUUUAUUUUGUAUACAGCAGUACUGUGUGUCUAAGCCAAUUUCCCCUUCGGGGACAUGGAAGUUUAUCCUAUCGUAUCCUCUUCCUCUGUUAGUCAUGUUAAUACUGCUGGAUAUACAGGUGGAUCUGAUCUUUCAUAUAUGAACUACUUAGGAGCUACACGGUGCAUCGCCUGGCUGCAUGCGCUGUGGAGAAUGGGGGAUUGUUUGGGGUAGCCUCAGGGAUACUUUAUUUCUACAAGCGGAGAAAAAAAAAACAUUUGGUUAUGUAUACCAUGUCAAAUGGGUUUUCUACAGGACCUGGGGGCCCCACGGCCUCUGUAAAUAAGUAAUGAUCAACAGAUUGGCUGUGGGUUUUUGAAAAGCAUGCCUUUGUCAGUUUGUAUGAUGAGGGGUGCAUUUUCAAAGCCAUCGGCUGCUUUCAUUGCCUACUGGAGCGGAGCGGGACAGAGUGUUCAUCACGGCUAGGAGAGACUGCAGCUAUAGUGCUCUUACUAAAGGGAAUGCUGGAAGAGGAAAUUUGACACAAAUAAAAUGCCCAGCUUCUAGCAGAGUUUCUUCUCAGUUGAGCUGUCAACUCCUCUAGAAUUCAGUGAUUUUAUACGCUACUGAUGUUUUAUCUUUCAUGUUGAAAGUGAAUCUAAAUUCAUUCAUCACUAUGAUAGGCUUACAAGCUAGGCAAGCUAGGCUGGAGAAAUAUUACUCAUUAGAAUGUAAAAAAAAUACCUAACAUUUUUCUUGGAUCACGGAUGGAUCUGAAACCUAUGGCAUUCACAAAGAUUUCAACUCUGCUAAAUCUACACAGUGUGAAUAAUUAAACCCAUAGCCUACAGUAUGUGUUGAUGAAAGCAAUCAGCUGUGGAGAUACUAGGAGAUAUCGGCUGAGUCCCAAAUGGCACCCUGUUUCUUAAGUACAUAGUGCACUUCAUUUUGGUCAAAAGUAGUGCACUAUUUAGGGAAUAGAGUGCCAUUUGGGAUGCAAGAUGGUGAUAAAGCCAUCUCCUGAUGAUGGCAGUUAGAGAAUGUGACAUGUCACUGAAGUAACAAGUCACACCUCACCCCCUCCUCCACUAUCCUCCUUGACGAUUUCCUCCUCGCUGAAAUUAACACCAUUUCCAUACCUCUUGAUGGGCCAUGAGACACAUCUAAUUGUGGAAAGUCACAAAGCAUUUGCUCAUACCCGUCUGCACCGUGACACACAUGUCAUGUCGGGUACAGUGCGGCUGAGGCGAGCGGCGGUGUAGGCUAGUGACAGGCAGCCAGGCCGUCAUGGUUGAGUCCCAAAUGGCACCUCAUUCCCUAUGUAGUGCACUACUAAUGACCAGAGCCUCAUGGACCCUGGUCAAAAGUAGUGCACUAUAUAUAGGGAAUAGGGUGCCAUUUGGGAUGCAACCAGUGUGUCUGUGAGACUGUGAGAGAUAGCUAUCUUGGCAGACAGAGUCUCUGCCUCAAUCACCAGUCAUGGUGGGGAGUGGAUAUUGAAGUGACAGGCCUCCACUGAGUGAGUGGUGAAACAUGUGGCUCGUAAUGAAAUAUUUAGCUGGGCUGUAAAAGCACUAAAUGCUUUCACUCUUAUUAGCACCUGUUCUAGUCUUCCUUUCACCUUCCUACAGAUGAUUAAGAAUGCAACAUGUCAGGCCGUCAUUGUAAAUAAGAAUUUGUUCUUAAUUGACCUGCCUGGUAAAAUAAAGGUUUAAAAAAAGUCAAUUGAAAAUGUUAGAUCAGCCCAGCCAAAAUGUACAUAUACAAAGUACAUAUGAAGGAGCUAAUGGUUCAUACUUUGAACUAGAGGUAUAAACACAUGCAGGCAACUACUGAGACCAAUUGAUAAAAUACAUUGAGAUAACCAAUUGCUAAUAAAAGUGGAUGUUUGUGAUGAUCAACCAUUGUGAGAACUAGGCCUAUUUCAUAAAUUGUAUUCUCUUAAAAUGACCUGUUCAACAUAAACUACAUUACCAAAAGUAUGUGGACACCUGCUCGUCGAACAUCUCAUUCCAAAAUCCUGGGCAUUAAUGUGGAGUUGGUCCCCCUUUUGCUGCUAUAACAGCCUCCAUUCUUCUGGGAAGGCUUUCCACUAGAUGUUGGAACAUUGCUGCGGGAACUUGCUUCUAUUCAGCCACAAGAUCAUUAGUGAGGUCGGACACUGAUGUUGGGCGAUUAGGCCUGGCUCACAGUCGGCGUUCCAAUUCAUCCCAAAGGUGUUCGAUGGGGUUGAGGUCAGGGCUAUGUGCAGGCCAGUCAAGUUCUUCCUCACCGAUCUCGACAAACCAUUUCUGUAUGGACCUCGCUUUGUGCACAGGGGCAUUGUCAUGCUGAAACAAACUGUUGCCACAAAGUUGGAAGCACAGAAUCGUCUAGAAUGUCAUUGUAUACUGUAGCGUUAAGAUUUAUUGUGUGGCCUACCACUUCGUGGCUGAGCCGUUGUUGCUCCUAGACGUUUCCACUUCACAAUAACAACACUUAAAGUUGACCUGGGCAGCUCUAGGAUGGCAGAAAUUUGACGAACUGACUUGUUGGAAAGGUGGCAUCCUAUGACGGUGCCACGUUGAAAGUCACUGAGCUUUUAAGGCCAUUCUACUGCCAAUGUUGGUCUAUGGAGAUUGCAUGGCUGUGUGCUCGAUUUUAUACAGCAACGGGUGUGGCUGAACUAGCUGAAUCCACUAAUUUGAAGGGGUGUCCACAUACUUUUGUAUAAAUAGGGUAUAUUCACAUAUUUAAGUGUGGGUCAUGCACUAUACUAUAACAACCAAUACUUUACCUCCGCUAACCCUGUUUAAACACAACCUUUGUGUCUUUCACGUACAAAUAUGCGUCUUUUUGAAUUGUCAUUUUGAAUUGAGUUCUCCUGACAGAUUUGAGCUUGAGAAGUAGAAUGCAUUUUAAAAGGGGCAAUCUGCAGUUGCUUCAUCCAUUUUUGAACUUAUUAAUUAAUGAUAUGUACCCAUUGAUUCUUGAAGAUUAUAAUAAAUAUAAAUGCCUCAUGAGUUUAGUUCAACUGUUGUACCCCAUCAGAACCCAAAAUAUAAGCUUGUUUUACUCCAAUGUUUGUAAAAAAAGUAAAUCUAAAUAAACACUGUAUAGCCUCAAAACAUGGUUAAAACUAUAAUGUUGAUAUAAUGGAUGGUCAGUCCUUGCAUCCAUAGCUCUGUCCAUGAAUUUUAGAGUGGUUACAUUUCUCCAGCCCCAUCCCUCAGUUUUUUACCAAAACGGGCAGGAGGUCGCUUUGUUAUUGUUUCAACUGCUGAUUGCUGCUUUAAAGAAGGCGAUUGCCAGUGUUAUCCAACUACUUUCCUGAGAGAGAGGACAUUAUGGCUAUAGCCUUGGGUUAAAACCCCACAGGCAGACAUUUUGGGUCUCCUGUCUGAUGCAGCCUGAGGGAUUGUACUUUCAGUUGACACCAUCAUGCAUACUUAAAACCUUACUUAGGGUGGCAUUCUUCUAAUGUCCAUAAAGAUCAAAGAUACAGUGCUUUUAACUGAUAAAGUAUAUAAAGUAUUUAAAGGGAUGAAAACAAAGGUUUCCUGUGUAUAUUUCAGAGGGUACUAUCUUCAGGCAAAUGUAUUUGACAAAUCCAUGUUGUAACGAAAGCUAGUGACAAUGUAUGGAACUAAAAGUAGUAUUUAUUUUCAAAGAUAAAUAUGGUAACAGGCAUGCUUAUUUCUCUAGGCCUGUAGCACUUGAUGAUAAGGCGUUAUAUCCUAAAACACAAUUAUUAAUCCCAUAUAAAAUGUGCUUUAACCCUCAUACUACCGAUUGGCCCUAUUUGAAAUGAGAUACCUUUCCUCUCCACAACCUGAAUAUUACAACUGUUUUCAAAAGGACUGUAAAGAUCAUAUCUUUAACGUCAAAGCAUUCACAGUACAACCGCAGGUACCCUUGUUCGUAGACCAUUUAGUGGUCAGUGUAGGAUAGCAUCAAGCUCAGAUGCUCAGUAGAAAUGGGUUUGUUCGGUCCUGACACACACACUGCUCGGAUGCUAAAACAUUAAUGGCCUUCAGUUUGGAAAGCAAAUAUGAUUGGGCAAAUGGCUGAAAUAUUUAAAGUGCGGUCUGUUAAAGCUUUUACCGUGAGGAGUGCAGCGUCAGAAGCUGUAUGCUGUAAGGAGGCCGUAAUUGGUUGUCCAUGCUCAUACCAGUCAGAGGGUUUGUCCCAAAUUGCACCCUAUUCCCUAUAUAUUGAGCCCCAUGGGCCAUGGUCAAAAGUCAUAGUGCACUAUAUAGGGAGUAGAGUGCAAUUUGGGAGGCAUCCAGAAGCAGUGUAUUGCUGCCAUCUCCUUCCUUCUUCCUCCUCACCACUGUUGUAGAUGUCACUCACUCUGAUGACCCUGCAGUUUGUUGGCGUCUCCACUGAUGGCUUCUGUCAGGAAUAAGCAGAGGAAAAGAGGCUGAAAAGAAAAUUAUAACAUAAAGCUUUGACUUUGACUUUUAGUAAAAGUGAUUUGUUUGCAGAUCCCCUAAAAGGUUUUUUAUAUUAUAUUGAUGAGUAUGUUUUGAGGACGGAAACUGGAAUUUUAUGGGCAGUCCUGCUGAUAGCUUAUGUGAAAACCCGAAGGAGGUAAAGUGCUAUAUUGAGUGCAGGACACUAAACAAUAGUGAAAGAAGGUGCGAACACAUAGACACAUAGUUUGCGUCCCAAAGGCACCCUUUCCCCAUAUAGUGCACUGCUUUUGACCAAGGCCCAUAGUGCUCUGGUCAAAAGUAGCACGCUACAGUAUAUAGGGAAUAGGGUGCCAUUUGUGACACAUACAGUGCCUUCAAAAAGUAUUCAUACCCCUUGACUUAUUCCAACAUUUUGUUGUUACAGCCUGAAUUCAAAAUUGAUUAUUUAUUUUUUUCCUCACCCAUCUACACACAAUACCCUAUAAUGACAAAGUUAAAACAUGUUUUUAGAAUUUUUACAAAUGUAUUGAAAAUGAAAUACAGACAUAUCUAAUUUACAUAAGUAUUCACACCCCUGAGUCAAUACAUGUUAUAAUUACCUUUGGCAGCGAUUACAGCUGUGAGUCUUUCUGGGUAAGGCUCUAAGAACUUUGCACACCUGGAUUGUACAAUAUUUGCACAUUAUUAUUUUUACAAUUCUUCAUGCUCUGUCAAGUUGGUUCUUGAUCAUUGCUAGACAGCCAUUUUCCAGUCUUGCUAUAGAUUUUCAAGCCGAUUUAAGUCAAAACUGUAAAUAGGCAACUCAGAAACAUUCAAUGUCGUCCUGGUAAGUUAUUGUCCUGCUGAAAGGCAAAUUUGUCUGUUGGAAAGCAGACUGAACCAGGUUUUCCUCUAGGAUUUUGCCUGUGCUUAGCUCUAUUCCGUUUAUUUUUAUCCUAAAAAACUCCCUAGUCCUUGCCGAUGACAAGCAUACCCAUAACAUGAUGCAGCCACCACCAUGCUUGUAAAUAUGUAGAAUGGUACUCAGUGAUGUGUUGUAUUUGCCCCAAACAUAACGCUUUGUAUUCAGGACAGAAAGUUAAUUUCUUUGACACAUUUUUUAAAGUUUUACUUUAGUGCCUUAUUGCAAACAGGAUGCAUGUUUUGGAAUAUUUUUGUUCUGUACAGGCCUCUUUCUGUCAUUUAGGUUAGUAUUGUUGAGUAACUACAAUGUUGUUGAUCCAUCCUCAGUUUUUUCCUAUCACAGCCAUUCAACUGUUUUAAAGUCACCAUUGGCCUCAUGGUGAAAUCCCUGAGCGGUUUCCUUCCUCUCCGGCGACUGAGUUAGGAAAGGCGCCUGUAUCUUUGUAGUGACUGGGUGUAUUGAUACACCAUCCAAAGUGUAAUUAAUAACUGCACCAUGCUCAAAAGUAUAUUCAAUGUCUGUUUAUUUUUAUUUUCCCCAUCUACCAAUAGAUUCCCUUCUUUGCGAGGCAUUGGAAAACCUCCCUGCUCUUUGUGGUUGAAUCUGUGUUUGAAAUUCACUGCUCGACAGAUAAUUGUAUGUGUUGUAAAUGGCAAAAAACAUAAUUCCUCUUUGAUAUUAUGGGGUAUUGUAUGUAGACCAGUGACACAAAAUCUCAAUUUAAUCAAUUUUAAAUUAAUGUUGUAACACAACAAAAUGUGGAGAAAGUCAAGGAAUGUGAAUACUUUCUGAAGGCACUGUACAUACUGUAAGCAGCACUCAGGUUCCCUGAUCUGAAAUAGGUUUUUCUGAGAUGUAGACAAAACAUCCUUUACUAUCCAGAUGUUCUUUAUCUCUAGCUUGUAUGCAUGAUAUACUAUACCUCUAUCUGCUGAGCUGAACUAUAAACCAGAUGAAUAUGUCUCGCCAACUUUCAAGUUAUACGACCGCAUGUAAAUAAUGCUCAACAGUUUAUUGCCUUUCAUCUUGAUGUUGAAAUAUUGAGCAGCGGCUGCCGACCACACCAGUUCAUUACGUUUUAAAACGACACAACGACGACAAGCCUCCAAACCUCCCUCCAGGUCUAUCUCUCAUCCUUCCAUUUCUCUCCUCCCUCCCUCACUCCUUCUUUUGUUUGAUUAGGCAUGACCCUCUCCUCAUGCCGGGGAAUGAACAGAUUGAGAACAUGGAUGUGAACGUGAAGAAAUACGACUCCACAGGGAUGUUCCACUGGUGCCAGUCCAAAGACAUCGAGAAGGUCAUCUUGGUGGGUACCUCACUCCCUCACGCUUCUCCAUACUCCCUCACACUGAGGGGGGUCAUUCAUCAGUGGUUGCAUCCCAAAUGGCACCCUGUGUAUAGGACAUUUCUUAUACCAAUAUGCUGUAUUAGAAAUGGCAAAUUACGAUCUAAUAGACAGUCUAUUACAGUCAGUAGGCUAAUAAUAAUUUCAAGGGACACUUUCUUCUUUAGAAUAUUCAGAAUAACUGAACUGAAUGAGGAUAACAUUGGUUAGUAAUUCGCAGCCUGCAGGUAUAAUGCUUUAUUAUUUGUUAUAAGUAAGAGCCUUUCUAAUGUCCUUUUAUAAGACUUAUAUUAUGUCAAUGGAUUUUUUUCCCUGUCUCAGACCAGAAGUGAAGCAGCCAUGACUGUUCUAAGCGGCCACGUGGUCGUCUGUAUAUUUGGAGAUGCGAAGUCGGCUUUGGUGGGCCUUAGGAACCUUGUGAUGCCUCUGAGAGCUAGCAACUUCCACUACCACGAGCUGAAACCCAUCGUGUUUGUGGGUUCUCUGGAGUAUCUAAAGAGGGAAUGGGAGACCCUUCACAACUUCCCCAAAGUCUCCAUCUUACCUGUGAGUAGAGCUAAAUCACAUUUUGAUAAUUGAGGUCGUCAGUUUGUUUUCCUCCAGAAGAAAGACACAAAAGGAAUAUGAGUUAACUGAAACAGAGUUAACUAACUGAAACUGAGACUCAGCGAUAUGACGUGACCAUUCGCACUUUGUACAAUGACUAUCUUUGUUUAAUGUUAUCACACUGUUUAUACCUUUACAUUUUGGCUUUGUUCAAGUACAGUGGUGUAUAAGUUAUUACACUAACAAAUUGCUGUAAAUUUACAGUUACCUACUGGCUACUGUGCUGCCAGCAAUUUACUGUAAAAAUUACAGGAAAUGUUUUACAGUGUAUAGAAUAACAUUGUUUUACCUUUCUAUCCCUCUCCUGUCACAGGGCACAUCAUCACUUCUCUACUGUUAUAAUUUAUUAUAGAAUAACAAUGUUUGUUCAUCAUAUGUCACAGGGCACACCAUUAAGCCGGGCCGAUCUGAGGGCUGUCAAUAUCAACCUCUGUGACAUGUGUGUCAUCCUGUCGGCCAAUCAGAACAAUAUCGACGACGCGUCACUGCAGGACAAGGAAUGCAUCCUGGCGUCACUCAACAUCAAGUCCAUGCAGUUUGACGACAGCAUCGGGGUCUUGCAGGCUAGCUCCCAAGGUAAGGAAUGGGAAGGAGUAGGCCUAUCAUAGUUCAGUGCUCUGCCCAGAGGGGACAGGCCCUGGCAGGAAGAAUAUCCCUGAUCUGGUGUGUUUGACAGGAAAGCCUGGUGAUUAUUGGUCUUCAAUGACUAGAUAGCUUCUGAUUGGUUUCUUCGCAAUGUAAUUGGUUAUAAUCUGGCAUUAUCCUGUCAUAAAGCUUUACUUGAGAAAGCGAAGUAAAUUAAAUGUGUAUUUGCUUGUAGAUUAAAAUGCAAAUGAGGUAAUAAUAAAAAAUACAUAUUAUUAUUAACAUGUAAUCAAUCUGACGUUAUUAUAAUUUUUUUAAUAGUAGAUCAUUUAUGAAUAUUAUAUCAAACAAUUAUCGUGUGAGGAGUGGAAGUGGAGUGAGAUGGUAUUCAAUAAUGGCCUGCCACUCCCUGCCAUUGAAUGUAAUGUAAAUGAGACCUCUUGACAUGAAAAUACAUUUCUGUGCACUUUGGUUGUGUCUCUAAUACUUGUAUGACCUAGCGGUUUGCCUUAGUCAGCAGCAAGUCACUGAUGUCAAAACACGGACCAUGUAUAAUGCAUACAGCAUCGCUGAAUUCAUGUGUUUACUUGUCAGUUUGAGGAAAGCAAGAAAUGUCAAGUCAAUCUCACAUCACUUGUUUUAUUAUUUUGUGGCUUUAAUGGAAACAAAAUGUGCCACGUAACAUUUGUUAUGUUUUACGGAUGGCUGGAGGGACCUCUCAAGAAUAAUGCACUCAACAUUGUUUCAUAUUGUCUUACUACAAAUGAUUUGAAUGUGACCAAGAAUGGCUAAAAUAUAUAUAAACGUAUUAUUAAUAAAUCAUUAUUUUUACUUUAUUUCCUUUCUACUGAUAUACCUUCCUCAGGUAAUAGAUAAGUGAAGGGAAAGGGGGGUACCUAGUCAGUUGCACAACUGAAUGAUUUCAACCUAAAUGUUUAUUCCGCAUUUAACCCAACCCCUCUGAAUCGGAGAGGUGCGGAGGGCUGCCUUAAUCGACAUCCACGUCAUCGGAGCCCGUGGAACAGUGGGUUAACUGCCUUGCUCAGGGGCAGAACGACAGUGCUACAUAGCAGGAAUGUGUUAUGUAGUAAUAUUCAUAAAGCCUUUAUAACAGCUACAUAAGGCCUUUUAAUAUCUGUCAUAGGCAGUCAUUAACGUCUAUAUAUGUUUGCAUGUAGGUUUCACUCCUCCAGGCAUGGACAGGUCCUCUCCUGAAAACAGUCCAGUUCAUGGGGGGUUGGCCCGACAGGCUUCCAUCACAACAGGAGCCAACGUCCCCAUUAUCACUGAACUAGGUAUGUCAGCAGGUAUGAAUGAAAUGUCACUUUGACAAACUCUUUUAGGAGAAAAGUUUCAUGUAAUUAAAUUAAUACUUUUUUUGUAAUGAUUGUACCGUUUUGGAGUGACAGAAAAGCACCAAAAUGAAUUGCCUCAUUGAGAAUGUACUAUUUUUCCCCUAAUCUAAUCUAUUGUGGUAUAGUAAGAAUGUUUCAGGUUUUGACGAUGAAACCCAACCAAAACCAAACAGAGCAUAAUUCCUAAGUCAAUUACUGCUCUCUAACAUUCUGAAGAUAAUUUUCAUGUUUUUAACCAUGUAUGACUAAUACAUUAAUCUUAAUAACCUCUUGAGGCUGUGGUUGCAUCCCAAAUGGCACCCUAUUACUUAGGUAGUGCAUUACUUUUGACCCGGGCCCUGUGCCUUGGUCAAAAGUAGUGCACUAUGUAGGGAACAGGAUGACAUUUGGGAUGUAGCCCUAGUCUGGUUCAUUCCCAUGGUAUCACUUUGAGCACAUUGUACUAUGUUACUCUGAUGUUCUCUUGUUUUGGCCUAUUUUUUUAUUUAUUUCUUCAUCCCCCUGUUCUUUUCUUUCUCCUUUCUGAGAAUCACACCGUCCUUUCAUCCCAAUACAAGUCCUUGUGGCUGUUUCCAUAGUAGCAUCUUAGUUCUUCAUAGAUCAUAUAGUCUGGCCAAUGACCUCCUUCCUUUAAACACCCGGCUGGAAGUCCUGAUAGAAGUAGCAGUACUGAAACAAAACUCAACAUCAAUACUUUCUUUCUAAAAUAUUUGUGUUUUUUGUGCUCAAAGGCGUGUAAAAAAAUAAGAUUGACAGUUUUGAGGCAGUGAAAAGUAUGUUACAAGACUUUUUAAAUUAAUACGCUGAACAAAAAUAUAAACUGCAACGCACAAAAAGCUUAUUUCUCUCAAAUGUUGUGCAGAAAUUUGUUUACAUCCCUGUUAGUGAGCAUUUCUCCUUUGCCAAGAUAAUCCAUCCACCUGACUGUUGUGGCAUAGCAAGAACCUGAUUAAACAGCAUGAUCAUUACACAGGUGCACCUCGACCAAACCGGCCGCACGUGCGCAUCUAUCCCCACCAGACACGUUUAUCACACGCAGGUUAAAAUACCAAAACCAACUGUGAACCAACUCUAUUCAUUUGGAGACAGGUCGAAACACACAUGAAACAUCCAUGGACAUUUAGCUAGCUUGCUGUUGCUAGCUAAUUUGUCCUGGGAGAUAAACAUUGGGUUGUUAUUUUACCUGAAAUCCAUAAUGGUCCUAUUUUUUGCUGGAUCUUUGUAGAAUUUUGACCCAUUUUGAGUUAACACACAAUUUUGUAUCUCUACUUUGACAAUUAAUUCACAGGUAAAAGGAGAGACCUAGUUAGUUUUUUGUUAGUUUUCUUUAAUUAAUCUCUCCACAUUAAUCUUUCAAUCACCCACGUGGGUUAGUAUGCUUGUGAAAACCAAUGAGUAAAUGGUAAAGGCGGGACUUACAGCGCAUCAAGCCACACAAAUACAACCAAGUUCUAUUUUAGCGCCUGGCUAAGCAGACGCCCGUCGAUGCGCGAGUAGUUUGGAUUAAAUUUGUGAAUAACAUGUAUGUGUACAUUUAUUUUGCAAAUGCUCACGCACUCAACCUUGCCUGUCUAGUCAGCAUGUUACUGUCAAAGUCAACAACAUGUGUUUCAUGAUACUGUAGUAGCAGACACAUCAAUACGUUCAUAUUUGUAUGUCUCCACCAGUGAAUGACUCCAAUGUUCAGUUCCUGGACCAGGAUGAUGAUGAUGACCCUGACACAGAGUUGUACCUCACUCAGCCCUUCGCCUGUGGGACGGCCUUCGCAGUCAGUGUGCUGGAUUCCCUGAUGAGUGCGGUAAGACACAAAACCCGGACCUGAAGGCUUGUGUUGGCUCCCCUGAGCGAUUGCCUAGGCUUUAGCUCAGUGGGCUCGCCAGAGACCCGGGUUCGGAUCCCAGUUGGUAACGCAAAGUGCUUUAAAUGCACAAUCAAAGAAUUGGUUAGGAAAGUGUAACUAUAGAUGUUUUUAACUAAAAGGGAUCUACACAGACAUCAUCAUAUCAAGCAAAGUCUUUGUGGAAUCCCAUUGGUACAAUUGCAUUUUAUGUCCCGGUGUUUAAAACGCUCCAGGAAGACAGACAUGAAAGCCUGGCACUUUACCUGGUAUGAUGGCUUCAUCUGUCUACCUUUCACUUUGACUGCGGCUGAAAGAGAAGCUGCCUUCAAGUGCGAUUCAAUGUAGACAGAGGUCAUGCUACUUAAUAGAUAGGCCUCGUCCAUCAUUCUGCUCUGGAGCCCUGACAGCAGCCCAGGCAGGGGACAUGUCCCUGUGUAGAACAAACAAGGACAGACAGACAGACAGACAGACAGCUGAAGCUUCUAUAGUCUACAGCGUUAGAAAGGGGCAGACAUCACAGUACAGGCUCACUAAUUGGGAACAAAGCAGUGACCAAGAUGUGCAAGUUAUUAGGGAGAAGGGACCAAUAAAUAAAUAGUCCUGAACAUGUUCUCUAGUCUACAGUGGUGUUACAUACACUACCGGUCAAAUGUUUUAGAACACAUACUCAUUCAAGGAUUUUUCUUUAUUUGUACUACUUUCUACAUUGUAGAAUAAUAGUGAAGACAUCAAAACUAUGAAAUAACAGAUAUGGAAUCAUGUAGUAACCAAACAAGUGUUAAACCAAUCAAAAUAUAUUUGAGAUUUUUCCACCACCCUUUGCCUUGAUGACAGUUUUGCACACUCUUGGCAUUCUCUCAACCAACUUCACCUGGAAUGCUUUUCCAACAGUCUUAAAGGAGUUCCCACAUAUGCUGAGCACUUGUUGGCUGCUUUUCUUUCACUCUGCGGUCCGACUCAUCCCAAACCAUCUCAAUUUGGUUGAGGUCGGGGGAUUGUGGAGGCCAGGUCAUCUGAUGCAGCACUCCAUCACUCUACUUCUUGUGACCUGUACGCUCUCAUUGGCUGGCCCUCACUACAUAUUCGUCGCCAAACCCACUGGCUCCAGGUCAUCUAUAAAUCACUGCUAGGCAAAUCCCCGCCUUAUCUUAGCUCAUUGGUCACCAUAGCAACACCCACCCGUAGUAUGCGCUCCAGCAGGUAUAUCUCACUGGUCAUCCCCAAAGCCAACACCUCCUUUGGCCGCCAUUCCUUAUCUCCCUCACUAACUUUAAGCAUCAGUUGUCAGAGCAGCUUACCGAUCACUGCACCUGUACACAGCCCAUCUGUAAUUAGCCCACCCAACUACCUCAUCCCCAUAUUGUUAUUUAUUUUGCUCAUUUACACCCCAGUAUCUCUAUUUGCACAUCAUCUUCUGCACAUCUAUCACUCCAGUGUUAAUACUAAAUUUUAAUUACUUUGCACUAUGGCCUAUUUAUUGCCUUACCUCCAUAACUUACUACAUUUGCACACACUGUAUAUAGAUUUUCUAUUGUGUUUUUGACUGUACGUUUUUGUUUAUCCCAUAUAUAACUCUGUGUUGUUGUUAUUUUUAAUCGCACUGCUUUGCUUUACCUUGGCCAGGUCGCAGUUGUAAAUGAGAACUUGUUCUCAACUGGCUUACCUGGUUAAAUAAAGGUGAAAUAAAAUGAAAUAAAAUAAAAAUAAAAUAGCCCUUACACAGCCUGGAGGUGUGUUGGGUCAUUGUCCUGUUAAAAAACAAAUGAUAGUUCCACUAAGCCCAAACCAGAUGAGAUGGCGUAUCGCUGCAGAAUGCUGUGGUAGCCAUGCUGGUUAAGUGUGCCUUGAAUUCUAAAUAAAUCACAGACAUUGUCACCAGCAAAACACCCCCACACAAUAACACUUACUCCUCCAUGCUUUACGGUGGGAAAUACACAUACGGACAAAAUCCGUUCACCCACAUCGCGUCUCACAAAGACACAGCGAUUGGAACCAAAAAUCUCAAAUUUGGACUCCAGACCAAAGGACACAUUUCCACCAGUCUAAUGUCCAUUGCUCGUGUUUCUUGGCCCGAGCAAGUCUCUUCUUCUUAUUGGUGUCCUUUAGUAGUGGUUUCUUUGCAGCAAUUUGACCAAGAAGGCCUGAUUCACACAGUCUCCUCUGAACAGUUGAUGUUUAAAUGUGUCUGUUACUUAAACUCUGUGAAACAUUUAUUUGGGCUGCAAUUUCUGAGGCUGGUAACUCUAAUGAACUUAUCCUCUGCAGCAGUGGUAACUCUGGGUCUUCCUUUCCUGUGGCGGUCCUCAUGAGAGCCAGUUUCGUCAUAGCGCUUGAUGGUUUUUGCGACUGCACUUGAAGAAACUUUCAACGUUCUUGAAAUGUUCCGUAUUGACUGACCUUCAUGUCUUAAAGUAAUGAUGGACUGUCAUUUCUCUUUGCUUAUUUGAGCUGUUCUUGCCAUAAUAUGGACUUGGUCUUUUACCAAAUAGGGCUAUCUUCUGUAUACCCCCCUACCUUGUCACAACACAACUGAUUGGCUCAAACGCAUUAAGAAGGAAAGAAAUUCCACAAAUUAACUUAAGAAGGCACACCUGUUAAUUGAAACACAUUCCAGGUGACUACCUCAUGAAGCUGGUUGAGAGAAUGCCAAGAGUGUGCAAAGCUGUCAUCAAGGCAAAGGGUGGCUAUUUGAAGAAUCUCAAAUCUCAAAUAUAUUUUGAUUUGUUUAACACUUUUGGUUACUUCAUGAUUCCAUAUGUGUUAUUUCAUAGUUUUGAUGUCUUCACUAUUAUUCUACAAUGUAGAAAAUAGUACAAAUAAAGAAAAACCCUUGAAUGAGUAGGUGUUCAAAAACCUUUGACCGGAAUUGUAUUUAUUAUCCCAACAGUGCUACUCUGUCGUCUCUUCUCUAUCCAUCUAAACCUUUCGUUCCCGAUCUUACCACUCCUAAUAGUACGAAUAGCAUGAAUAUGUGAAGGAACAAGUCACUGUGGCUCUGUCUGAUGGACGUGAGAGAAGUGAGAGAGAGAGUAACCUGCAGUAAUUGGAAUAUCCUGUUUGUUCAGUGUGGGUGCAGGGCGACGUGAAGAGACAGGCCAGGGUUAGAUAGCACUUCAGGCUGCAUGGCACUUUGAGUGGAUUCAGUUGUGACUUUGGCUGUGUUUGCUUUGCUUAAGGAUCCUCCCUCUCUCUCUCUCUUUCUCUCUCUCCUUCUCCUUCAUCCUUUCAGACAUACUUCAAUGAUAAUAUCCUCACCCUGAUCCGGACGCUGGUAACAGGGGGAGCCACUCCGGAGCUGGAGGGUCUGUUGGCGGAGGAGAACGCGUUACGAGGAGGCUACAGCACGCCGCAGACCCUCGCUAACCGGGACAGGUGUCGCGUGGCACAGUUAGCCUUGUACGACGGGCCUUUCGCUGACUUGGGAGUAAGUGACUGGUUGUGUUUUGUCACCUCGGCUUGCAGUAGAGAGAAGUUCUUUGGGGCUGUUUGUUCAUCGAGGCCAGUAGGGGAGAACAAGGCGUGCGGAGACGGCUGGGUGAUACUGUAUAUCCAGGCCUAUGCAGUAUCUGUGACCCCUAUGGUAGCAAAUGCUGAACCGUACAAACAGUGGACAUGUUUAGAAUGAAAUUCGUUUUGAGAGAGAUAUACUAUGUUCAUAUGUAAAUGCACUUUUCAUUCACAUUCAAAAAUAUAUGUAUUUUUAAAUCAGCUUUUUUAUUUAGAUCUGUAUCAUUUGACAAACAUCAAAACUCAAUAUUAAACGUUCUGCUUCUCUGCCUUACAGGAUGGUGGUUGCUACGGUGACUUAUUUUGUAAAGCAUUAAAAACAUACAACAUGCUGUGCUUCGGAAUUUAUCGAUUAAGAGAUGCACAUUUAAACACACAAAGUCAUACAAGUCAAUGCACUAAACGGUGAGUAUGUUGUAGCUUAAAUUACUGUUGGCAGAAUGUCCACUACCCAGAAGGCAAAACUGGUUGCAAUGACAUUGUUACAACUAGAUUUCAACCGUUGUAAUAUGGUUGUAAUGACGACAUUUCAACCAGCUUUGGCAUCUGGUUCGAGCCACACUAGAUGCCGUGUCAUUUUGAUAAAUCAAUAGUAGAUAAUCUGUAUUGAUGACUCAUCACUGGCUCUUUCCUCUUUAGGUAUGUGAUAACCAACCCGCCCUAUGGUUUUGAGCUGGUGCCAUCAGACCUGAUCUUCUGCCUGAUGCAGUUUGACCACAACGCGGGUCAGUCCCGGGCCAGCCUCUCCCACAGUUCCCACUCCUCCCAUUCUUCCAGCAAAAAGAGCUCCUCCGUCCAUUCUCUCACUGCCACCAACCGCACCAACCGUGCCAAGAGCAGGGACUCACGGGAAAAACAGAAGUAUGUGCCCCUCUAAAGAUGGUUGCAUCCCAAAUGGUACCCUAUUCCCUAUAUAGUACACUACUUUUGACCAGAGCCCUAUUGGCCAGUUACUUAUGGUGAAAAAGGUUAAUAAAAUAAAAAGUGUUACUGCUUGGCAGUUAGUGUCUCUUUUGAAUCAUUACCAAUUUGGGGGCAAAAGCAAAAAAUAUGUUGGCGCUUUUAGGGUUAAGAGAAUAGGGUGCCAUUUGGGACGCAACCAUGUUUGUCUGAUUCUCUGUGUUUGUGUUUGUUGAGUAAUGCCUGUGAACUUUCUUAACUGUUGUCAAGUGUCCUAUCUGGUUUCUUCUCACUGAUUGACAUCGAUGGCUCUAUAACAUAGAAAUCAAAAUGGCUACUGAAGUGCCUUAAGUCGAUGAUGACAGCCAGUGCUUGACUUGGGCCAGAGCUGUCCGAAGCGCAGUACCGGCACUUUUAAUUUUGGGGGAAUUGCGUACUGGCUACUCUAUAAAACAAAGUAGCCUAUCGCCGGCCCAGAUUUACACACCGAGGCAAAAAAGGUUGAUCACAGCGGAAUGAAGGCAGGAUCUGCAUUGAAUAGCAAGGGAGAGUGGGCAUUCAUUUUUCUAAUUCCACUUUGUUCAAGUUUAUUUACCGCUAGUCUGUGAAUCGGCGAGUGACAGUAGACUGUUGGAGAUUGUGCAGACUGAAUGGCAUGGUGCGCUGUUCCAAGUUGUCAAAUGAAGGUUUAUAAGGUCAUGAAAAGUAAUGGAAAUCAGUUUCAUAAUUGUUGUUAAUGUAAUUCAUGAAAGCACACUUUUAAAUAUGAUCAAUCAAUAAAAAAAUGCCAUAUCAGACAUUAUGGGAAUGACCCUUCAGUGCAUGUCUGUGGUGCUGCAUGUGUGUCAGUGUGAGUGGGCCGUUGCCCGAGGAGAGAGAGCGCCACAUUUCAGCAGCAGGUAUAAAAUAAUGACCGACAACAGACUAACUAGAUGGCCAAUUCAAAACAUAACUUGUAGCAGUUAUUGUGCUAGUUAAAUAUAGCUAACUAAGCAUUAAUGUUGUUGUCGCCUUUCCAUCGUCACUGUAGAGCCUAAAUAAAUCUGCACCGUAGGAAAGCUGGGAUUCCCCUCUACGGAAAAAUAUGAAAAUGAAUGCGCUCUGGAUAAGAGCGUCUGCUAAAUUACUUAAAUGUAAAUGUAUUAAACAGUAAUUGCGACAACAUAAAAAAUAUUCUAAGAAUAGCCUAAUUGACAAAUAACUUGCUGUGCAUAGAUCUCCUCUGAAACAUGAAUAAUUGAGCCUUAUAUAUAAACAUGUCUAGUUAGAUACCUUGCUUUGAAGUAGCCUACAUUAUCCAUUUGAUCCCUGAUUUAUUUAACGAGGGAAUAAUUGUAUAAAGACAAAAGGAUUCGGUUGUAAUGUUGCACAAUGUUAUAUCAAGUGUGGAAACCAUCAUCCAGGAUAGCUACUGGGUGUGCAGGCUUUUGUUCAAGUCCCCAGAUCAAGGGCACAACGGCAGGAGGUGGUCGGUCUACAUGUGAUCAAACACAGCAGCCUUCCAAUGUCAAUAAUGCUUACUUUUUCAUUUAGGAUAUUAUAAUAAUAGUCAAUAAAAUGUGGUUAAAAGUCAUGGAGAAGUCAUUGAAAAUGUGUAUGAACCCUUAACAGUGAAUAAUCAGAGGUCUCUAUAGCAUAAUGUCAUUUGUGAAGUUUGGUAAACAUAGUCUAAUGGACCGACUUGGAAAAAGACAGCUCCUGCACUUCUUCCAUCGCAAGUCAAGCACUGAUAACAGCAAAAGGUAUUACUUGAUAUUAAGGUCCCUUAAUAAACCAUUUAUUAAUCAUUAUUCCUACAUUUGUAAAUGUCAAUAAGCAAUCUCUAAAUAGUCAUUUAAAAACGUUUUAAUUAUUUAUAAGAUAAUUAAUAAGGUGUUUGAUUAUAGUAUGGUCACAAUUUCAAAAUCAUUUAUAAUGUACUACCAGUGUACUUAUAAAGCAGUUAUUGUCAACUCAUCAGAUUAUUUGUAAGGCAUGUGUUAAUGGUUGAUUAAUGGUUUGACUCACCAUUUAUCUACAUAUUUAUAAAUGUAUUUAUCAAUGUCAUUAAUGGGAUAUUUAGUCAUUGUUAAUGAGUGCAUUUGUAAAUGUGAGUACAUGCAUUUACUAAUACAUCAUUUGAUUAAUGUAGCUCCUUGUAAACCAUUUACUAAUUAUUAAUAAACUAUUUUGCAGCCUCUAAUCUAAAGUGUGCACUAUAUAUACUUUAUACAUUUAUAAAUGACUUGUUACUCCCCAAAAGCUGGCCACAUUAGUAGACAAUAUUUGAUUCUCCACCAAUGGCUAAAAAUAACCUAAAACACACAAUGGUAAAAGAAGAAGUACACAAUAUAAUGUAGAUAUAAUAUAAUGUAUAAAAAAAUAUGGAAAAAACAGAGCAUCUCCAGAAUAAAUUGUAUUGCAUGAACUUCUUGCUUAAACAAUUUCAAUUACAUAUUUCAGAAGCUUCAUAACUUCAGCCAUUAACAAAGGCCUGAUAAAUCAAAAGUGAUCAUCAACUUCGGCAACUUGCACUGUUUAACACUAGUAUAGUCAGGCCUCGACGAAUACAAAUAGCCGCCAAUGCGUCAAAUAAAUCCAUUUAAUAUACACCAUCACAAAUAAACUUUUUUUCAGUUAAGGCAGGUUUUAAAAAACAUUAUGAUAUUAAGAAAAUGUAUUUCAAAAGAACAGAAUAGCAUAUUUGAAGUUUAUGGUCCUAUGCCAAUAUGUUUUCACUACAGUGACGAAUAAGGGAUAUGGCUUGAAAAUGUAUCUCAAUCCAGGGAUGGAAGCUGUCACUGUACUCCUAAUUAUCCCAUUAUCCAAGCCGCGAAAUUGAGAAGAUUGAAAUACUACUAGUUUUUUUUAUUAAACUGCCUUUUUCGUCAGCAUGCUAGGUUAACUAAUGCUAAAGCAGCCCAUUGGAUUCCACAACACUCCUGACAGCAACUCACCCCAAUGCUAGGCAUCACAUACUGUUUAUAAAUGGUUUAUUAAGCCAAGGGACCUUAAUAUAAAGUGUUACCCGGCUGAAUAUAAUGCAGAACAACAAAUACUACACUUGUAAUCUCUAAACAAGGAACUACUCACACAUACUGCAUACUGAGAGAUCAUUUGUGUGUGAUCUCCUUGAGAAUACUGAAGUUCAAGUAUGGGUUUACAGGAUAUCUUUAACAGUUACUCAGGUUGCUGAGUGAAUGCUACAACGGUUAGUACUGUAGGUGAGACUACAAAUAUACUUACAAGCUUCUUUUUAUUUAUUUGGUCUUAUAGCAUACUUAUUUUAGUAUUUUAAUAUAGGUGAAUGCCUAUUUUAGAUAUAUUAAUUUUGGAUGUUGCAUGCUUUUAAUAAUAUAUUUUUUAAUUACUGCGAAAUCAAAAAGAGGAGCAUUUAUACAGUAGUAUGUACAUUUACAUUUACAUUUUAGUCAUUUAGCAGACGCUCUUAUCCAGAGCGACUUACAGUUAGUGAGUACAUACAUCAUUUUUUUUAUACUGGCCCCCCAUGGGAAUCGAACCCACAACCCUGGCAUUGCAAACGCCAUGCUCUACCAAUUGAGCUACAUCCCUGCCGGUCAUUCCCUCCCCUACCCUGGACGACGCUGAGCCAAUUGUGCGCCGCCCCAUGAGUCUCCCGGUCGCGGCCGGCUACGACAGAGCCUGGAUUCGAACCAGGAUCUCUAGUGGCACAGCCAGCACUGCGAUGCAGUGCCUUAGACCACUGCGCCACUCGUACAACUCUGAACGCUUUGGAAACAAGCAUGGACAUUCUAUAGUUGCUUUGCAUUUGUAUACGCAUGUAGCGUACAUGCUGUAACAUCAAUUUAUCAAAUUAUAAUCAAAUUAAUUGAAACCAUGUUACCAUAAUACACUUUGAUGUGUUCAGUCAUUUUAGGGAUGAAAUUAAGCUAGCCCGCUAGCCAGAGGCUAGUAUUGUGUAUACUGGGCUAGUAGAAAAUCUGCCAAACUAGCCAGCCAGGCCAGUGAAAUGUUCAAAUAUGUCAUGGCACAGAUUUUGGACAUGAAUUUGUGAUCUACUAGCCCGGCCGGCCAGUGCCCAAAAUACUUAAAGGGAUACUUUGGGAUUUUGGCAAUGAGGCCCUUUAUCUACUGCUCCAGAGUCAGAUUUACAUUUACAUUUUAGUCAUUUAGCAGACGCUCUUAUCCAGAGCGACUUACAGUUAGUGAAUAUAUAUAUAUAUAUAUAUAUAUAUAUAUAUAUAUAUAUAUAUAUAUAUAUACACACACAGUGGGGAGAACAAGUAUUUGAUACACUGCCGAUUUUGCAGGUUUUCCUACUUACAAAGCAUGUAGAGGUCUGUAAUUUUUAUCAUAGGUACACUUCAACUGUGAGAGACGGAAUCUAAAACAAAAAUCCAGAAAAUCACAUUGUAUGAUUUUUAAGUAAUUAAUUUGCAUUUUAUUGCAUGACAUAAGUAUUUGAUCACCUACCAACCAGUAAGAAUACUGGCUCUCACAGACCUGUUAGUUUUUCUUUAAGAAGCCCUCCUGUUCUCCACUCAUUACCUAUAUUAACUGCACCUGUUUGAACUCGUUACCUGUAUAAAAGACACCUGUCCACACAUUCAAUCAAACAGACUCCAACCUCUUCACAAUGGCCAAGACCCGAGAGCUGUAUAAGGAAUAUGGUGCCAUUAGGGAUGACAUCUAUGGGUCCAUUUCAGCCAUUCCAGCUGACCCAAAGCUGAAUGCAUUGAUUGUUUAAACUAUUGUACUGUGGCGGUACAAUAGGAUAUUUGCAUUGCAUGACCACUGACAAACAACAGCAUGGUAAACUAUUCUAUAAAGAUAGCUUACUAUCUGACAUUAGGUCUCAUUCAGAGUAAACAAUACUGAUUUGGAAUGCUGAUGACAUAGCCUUGUAAUCACUUAAACAUUUUGGUAAAGUGAUUACAUUCCAAGUGGCACCCUAUUCCUAGUGCACUACUUUUGACCAGUCCCCUAUGGGCUCUGGUCAAAAGUAGUGCACUGUAUAGGGAAUAGGGUGCCAUUUGAGACGAUACCAGUAACAUCCACAAACCAUUAACGGUUUGAUUUCUGUUGUUUCUCAGAAAAGACUUGGUUUACAGAUGAGCCUGAGAACGCGGCCUACCACAGGAACAUUGACAUCAAGCCAAUGAGUACUGGUCACAGUAGUCACACAGCCAAUCACCAGGUCAACCAGAACCCUUACAAAUCCACCAACAACCAUAUUCCAUCCAUCAGAGAGGUGGAGGACGAAUGCUGA